ACGCGAAGAGAGGGGUGGAGCGGGUAGUGGAGCCGACGAGAAGCCGGGAAUUCGCGGCGACUACUGGUGCGAAACGCUGUAUCGCGCUGCGCCGGGAUUGUUUGGGGCAGCAGUACGCGCAGCGGUGGAAUCGGGAGGAAGGGCUUGCUGCAAGAGGGGGGCAAGGAAAGUGUGAUUGUGUUGGAUAGCGGUGAGCGCGCAUGAGGCAAAUCAUCAGUGGUAGCUAGCGUGCCAGCAGACGAGAUGAUGGGGUGAAAAGAGGAGGUUUGUAAGCUCUCCACCUUGACGAAUCCGGCCGGUGCUCGGCUGUGCUUCGUGGAAAGUUAGGGUACCGACGGAGGAGAUUGCAUUCUUUGCAAGGAACAUGUGACAGAGUCGCGCUCACUGGUUGGCUGAUUUUCUGUACGGCGAAGAGCGUGGAUGGCAUUUAUGAAUCACCGUGCCUGUGUUUCGAAAGAACUCCUGUCGGUCUUCAUCCACCUCUAAAUCCUCUCUCCCUUUUCGCUCCUUGAACGGCUUCCUAUUCUCCGCCUGUCUAUCGCGUCUUCGUUGUCGUGCUCGGUCCAUAACAAGACUCUCGAUGACGUAACUCCGGUGCAGGGCACAGAAUCAAGCGGCGAUGGAGGAACAGCUACGACUAAGUCGGCAAGAAAGAUGACGGUGUGAAUAUUACUGGCUCGGGUUCGUCCUAUGAUGGGAUCUUGAAGAUAGAUUGCAGUCCUGUUCUACCUGAGAGUGGCUGCGGGAGGAAAGGAUCAGUGAAGGCAGGGGGGGGAAGGAAAGGAUCAGUGAAGGCACGGGGGUGGUCGAGGUGGGUCGGGGGACGAGGGCGGCGCCCUCGCUCGUGUGUAUCAUACUGAGUGUACACUUUGGAAGCAUUAAAAGAGUCUUAUUUGGGGGGGCUGGGGGGGGGUUGUCGGUGACGACGUUAUCGGUGGCGUACCCAGGUAGGACUGAGCUCGUGAGGUCGACGAGGUGGAGCCCACCGGGCCAGUGCCGUGCCCGACGCCCCCGGGCCGGCGGGGCGCGAGACGGGGCAUCUGCCUGAUGGCGGAGCCGCCCGAAUCUGUUGCUGGCCCUGACUUUUUCUGCAGGGUUUUCACUCAGAAUAAUGCUUAGCGUCCUCAGACUGCAAUUGCCUUCGGACGCCCCCACCGCGGGCCGUGAGAUUUGCCCCAGUAUCUUUGUCCGGAAACCCGACUUAUCUGUCACGACUGAUGACGUCCCUGAAUCGAAUCCAGUAGAUGGAUAUUAUCUCCGCUUCCGAUGGUAUCGGAUAACGGCAGACAAACGCAGCGUGGCUGUCUGUAGCAUACACCCGUCUGAGGCAGCGACGCUACAAUGUCUCGGAUGCGUGAAAGCGAAGUUGUCACUGUCGAAGAGCUAUCAUUGCUCUACGCAAUGCUUCACCGCAUCAUGGCGCCAGCACCGAGCGAUGCACGCGAGGGCGGCGAGCCUAGGGAGGGAGAACGGGACUGAGGAGGAAGAUAUUUUCGGGCAGUUCGGUGGCGGUCCCGGAAGUACGUUCCUGGGAAGCGCCGGAGCACUUGGAGUGGGGACCGGGGUAAGUGGUGGAUCCUCAGGAGGGCCGGGUUCGAUUGGUGCCGUGAGCGCUCUGAGCAAUGGCGGCUCUUAUCCCAGUCCCGCGAGGGGGGAUAUGCUGCAGUCGUCAGGCAACGGGGGGAUUGGCAGCGGUGGUGGGGAGACGUUGGUGGAGGUUGGGAGGGGGAGGGCAUACACUCCUGUUGCUGAUGACGUGGGAUACACACUGAAGGUUGAGUGCGCGGUUGUGGAGGUUAGCACGGGUAAUACUGUGGCGACUCCCAGUACGGCGAUCACUUCUAGGGUCGUGCCGGCCCCGUGCCCUCCGCGCAAGAUGAUCUUGGUGAAUGGAGUGGAUGGCGUCGGGGGAAUGGAGGUCGAUGGCUCCAGGGCUCCAUCGACCGGAACUUUUACGGUUCUAUCCUAUAACAUUCUGGCAGAGAUGUACGCCAUUCCGGAGAUGUAUAGCUACUGUCCCGCCUGGGCCCUGUCGUGGUCCUACAGGAAACAGAAUCUUCUCAGGGAGCUGUUAGGGUAUCGGGCCGACAUCCUUUGUCUCCAGGAGGUUCAGAGUGACCAUUUUGAGGAGUUUUUCGCUCCAGAGCUGGACAAACAUGGGUACGCGGCGUUCUACAAGCGCAAGACAACCGAGUCACAAUUGUACACAGGCUCUGUUUUUGUUAUUGAUGGAUGUGCGACCUUCUUUCGACGCGACCGGUUUUCACUUGUGAGAAAAUACGAGGUGGACUUCAACAAGGCAGCGAUAUCUUUGUCGGAACAUCUGGCUCCAGCUGCCUCCAAGAAAGUGGCUUUAAGCAGGCUGCUGAAGGAUAAUGUUGCACUGAUAGUGGUGUUGGAGUCUCAAGAUCCAAUGGAGGUCCAAGAUGGACCGGGACCCACUAGAAAGGGCCAGCUGCUGUGCGUGGCCAACACUCACAUCCAUGCGAAUCCUGAGCUCAAGGACGUGAAACUAUGGCAGGUGCACACAUUAUUGAAAGGCCUGGAAAAGAUAGCCAAUUGUGGGAACAUACCGAUGCUUGUUGCAGGGGACUUCAACAGUGUGCCUGGAAGUGCCCCUCAUUCAUUGCUAGCCAAACGAGCUGUGGAUCCCUCCCAUCCUGACCUAGCAACGGACCCGCUUGGGAUCUUGAAGCCUGCAACAAAGCUCUGCCAUCAGCUACCCUUGGUCAGUGCUUAUUCUGCUUUAGCACGUCUCCCUGGCCCUCCCGGUUCAAUGGGUGAUCGGCACCGAAGGCGGAUGGACAUCCAAUCUAACGAGCCAUUAUUUACGAACUUUAAGAGAGACUUUUGGGGAACUCUGGAUUACAUUUUUUAUACAGCGGAUUUAUUAGAACCAGAGGCUCUUCUGGAGUUGUUAGAUGAAGAAAACCUCCGGAAGGAUACUGCCUUGCCGAGCCCUGAAUGGUCGUCAGAUCACAUCGCACUUCUGGCAGAGUUUCGGUACAAGAAGCGAGGGCAACGGGGAUGAGAGUGGAGGCUUGUUGGUAUAUAGUAGGAGCGCCUGCUUCUGGGAACAUUGGUGUGCCUUAUUUGGAAGGAUAUGUAUUAAUGUCGUCCUGGUGUACUUGAGUUCCAUAGUUUUUGGCUGGGAACUGAGAGGGGUUGGCGCAAAGCGGGUCAAUGGGGUGGGAGGGGGGGGUGGACGUGUUGGGACUGCAGUGGCAUCGGAAGGAAAGGAGAGGGGGAGUUGAGGGGGGGUUGGUGCUGCAGAAGAAACUUGUGUGGUGCAUGCCCUGGGUAAAUGUAUGUCUGUCGUGUGUGGUGUGAGCUGGAUGAGUGGAUUGGUGAAGAUGGCAGGAGAGCAGAAGGCUACUGGCAUUCUACAGCGUGGAGACGGCGAGAAGGAAGGACUGUUCAUUCUGGGGAUUGCGUGUGUUUCGGCACAUGGUAGAUGGCGAUUGAGAAUUGUAGUGGUUAUGAAUCUGGUCGAGAGUAGCUGUUGUGGGUCUGAACAUAGAGUAGAUGGUUUAGAAACGACGAAGGAGAGGGAGCGUUGUCCUCUCAUCUCUUCUCAUGUGCAGUGUAUGGAGAUUUCUCGAACGAGUUGUAUGUGGCAAGUGCUACAAUCUGCUGACAGUCAGUUUUGAACCAGAACCUGAGGUGGAAUAAGAUUGUGAUUAUAGUGAGGCGGCUGCCUGACCUGGCAGCAUCGUGAAGAUGACGAAUGAUGACUCGAAUGUACGUCAAGGAGUUGGGGGCUUGUCGUGCAUCAUACGCUUUGUGCAAGUGAAAGCGUGCUGCAUAGGUUCCCUUUUAGUUUGUUGCGUAGAAAUUAUAUUUCAUCUUGUUCGCUAUGUAGUAGGAAAUUGAUGUUCACUUUCUGGAUGUUUGUCCCUUUCUUCCACACUGCUCCUCCACACAAUUGCAAGUUCACGUCUGUGGAGAGUCCUUUGUAGUGCGCUCUCUCUAUUUCAUUCGCCUUCCUACUCGUGUCAUUUCCUGCAUACCUUCUUUUCAUCCCGCUGAUGGCAUCAUGCCAACUGUGCUGACUAUGCUGCCGCUGCUUUUCCCUUGCUCGUGUAGCAUUGCUUUUCUGUCAUCUGCCUUUGUCUGUGUGUGCUUGUGUGUCUAUUGUGUGUGUGUGUGUGUGUGUGUGUGUGUGUGUGUGUGUGUGUGUGUGUGUGUGUGUGUGUGUGUUUGCGUGUGUGUGUGUGUGUGUUUGUCCGUGCGCGUGUUCAUGUCGGUGGGUGGUUGCGGGUGUUGUCUUGAUCUCUCUGGGGUAUUGCCACAUGGAUGUAGGUUAGCGAGAUCUGUCACUGUAGCAGGUUUGGUCGUGUUGAUCUCGAUCAUGUGUCCAUAUUUGCUGUCAAAUCAAGUGAAAGCCCCCUUUCCGAAUUUUUAUAUUGCUGUAGUCCAUGGCCAGGGCUUUGUAAAAGAUGUUAAGGAUGACAUGAAUGUUUGCCUCUGUGAGAUCUAGCCGUGUACAGAGAGAAUGCAGCAUGAAUGAUCUAGCUGUUGAUCUCGAUCAUGUGUCCAUAUUUGCUGUAGUCCAUGGCCAGGGCUUUGUAGUCCAUGAUGUUAAGGUUUUUGAUGAUAUGCUUACACAACGGUGGUGAAUCGAGUGUCAGCUAUGGUUCAAUCUCGGAUGUCUUGCUAUGCUCUAUUUCUCAAGACGUACUGGUACCUGAUCCCGAAAGAUGCUUUCCAUACCGUCUACCGUCAGGGAGUUGAGGGAUUUUUCAUGUUCCUGCCUGAUGUUAACGGACCCUGAACAUUCUUUCCAUUCCCUCAUUUCAGCUGUAGCAGUGUCUUGAAG